UAUUUCGUUAUUUCCGAUAGCACUCAGAGGUAGCAUGAUUGUGACGGUGCAUGACGUCAGAGGAAGUGAAUGUCAACUAGCAUUUUUCCCUGCGCGACAGCGAAGUUACUUAACUUACACGCGGUGAAUACGGGACAUCAUCUUUUGAAGAUUGCCAUAUGGAUUCUCCUCGGCAGGCGAAGAACCUGAAUCGAGAACCAAAGCGCACUCAAAAUCGGCCAAGCAAUCCUCCCCAGAAAGAUGCCUAUGCCAGGCUCCUCGGCCAGCACCGCAGCAGCAAGUUCAGUCUGUAUCUAGAGCAAUACGCGAAGGACACAGAGUUUCAAAGGGAGGGAAAUUGGCCGAGUCCCUCGCCAAAAGCCCAGAGUGACAGGCAGAACAUACCACAGAAACAAAGGGAUCAAGUGCCACAUGAUUUCUCUGAUUCAAGUGACUUUUCCCCCUCUUCAAUGAAACGUAAAGGAGAAGAGAGUUCGCUGUCAUUGUACAUGGAGAAAAUCAGCACCCGCACUGCUCAGCAGGACUUUGAAAGGAUGCCGGGUGUGUCUGACCGACAGCGAUGCGGACAGAGAAGAGACACUGCCACCAGCCAAGAUGGAGACGUGGAGUCUGGUGAGGAGCUUGGCUCUUUAAAACCCAAUGAAUCAAGGAAACACCAGAAGCAGCAGCGGAAAACCAAGGACUCUAACAAAGAUGUUACCUCAAAAGAGACUGACUCAUUUGUUGCACGUCCCCAGUCCCCAAAUACAGCUGGUACAAGUGGACAGGAGCAGGAGAAGAUGAAGAAGUCAAAGAAAAAAAAGGCUCAUUCAAGGCAGCCAGAAGAGGACAGAAGCGGAGAAGCAUCAUUCCAAUCUGGGAUGGACACUCUGACGUCAAGGCCAAAGUCCCCUCCUGGUAUAGAGAGAAAACCGCAGCAGCCAAGAUCUUCAAGUGCCAAUUCUCCUGCUGACAAGGGUAAGAACAGAGGAGCCAGGGGAUCAAAGAGACCGGUUUUUGAAUCCUACAUGACAUUUGAGGAGGUUUCCCGUGGUCUCAAAAGAGGAGAACUCCUUCAGGGAAAAUUAAGGAUCAACCCCAAAAAAUAUCAUGACAGUUUCAUCCCAUCUCCUGAUGACAGGCGAGACGUAUUUCUGGAUGGGAUUGUAGCUCGUAACAGAGCGCUGAAUGGUGACAUAGUGGUGGUACAAAUUCUCCCUCGGGAGCAGUGGAAGGUCGUGAAGUCAGAUACUGAUUGUGAAGGCACAAGUGAGUCAGACACCCAGAAGGAAAACAUGGGGCCAACAGUGCAGAAGAGGACAACAGAGCGUACGCCCAGGCCUGCUGGUGUUGAGGAUGACCAGUGCAGCGACCAGGACGAACUCAUUCGCAAAUUGCAAAAUACCGCCCUCACUGACACAGAAAUAGGCGAACAUCUGGAAGACCCCUCAACCCCACGACCCAAUGGGGAAAUACUCCAGAAGACUGCUAAAGUGGUUUACAUCGUUGAAAAGAAGCACUCGAGAGCCGUGACCGGCUUCCUGAAAUUCUUACCAGACAAGCCUUUCGCCAUGUUCUCUCCUGUGGACCACCGGGUGCCACGGAUUAACGUUCUCCUCGCCGACUGUCCCGAAGACUUUAGUUCCCGUCCGGGCGACUACGCCAACACCUUGUUCAUCUGUCGUAUCACCAACUGGGCGGCCGACAGCAACUUUGCUGAAGGUCAACUUGCCAAGACGCUGGGUCAAGCGGGAGAAAUCGAGCCAGAGACGGAGGGCAUCCUCAUAGAGUACGAGGUGGACUUUUCUGAGUUCUCAGAUGCGGUGUUGAACUGUCUGCCCAAGAACCUGCCCUGGACCAUCCCUGCUGAGGAGUUGAGUAAGAGGAGAGACCUGAGGAAGGAGUGCAUCUUCACAAUCGACCCUUCUACCGCCAGAGACCUGGACGACGCUCUGUCCUGUAAACGGCUCCCCGAUGGUAACUUUGAGGUGGGAGUUCACAUUGCUGAUGUGAGCUACUUUGUGGGGGAGGACAACGCUCUGGAUGCCGUCGCCAGUCGAAGAGCAACUAGUGUGUACAUGGUGCAGAAGGUGAUCCCCAUGUUGCCCCGGCUGCUGUGCGAGGAGCUGUGCAGCCUCAAUCCUCUCACUGACAGGCUCACCUUCUCUGUCAUUUGGACGAUCACACCGCAGGGGAAGAUCCUGAGCGAGUGGUUUGGCCGCUCGGUCAUCUGCUCCUGCGUGAAGCUGAGUUACGACCAUGCCCAGUCCAUGAUCGAGGCCCCUGAAAAGAUGUUCGCUGCUGAGGAACUGCCCCCCGUGGACCCCAUGCACCCCAUUGAUGAGAUCCAUCAGGCGGUGCUCAACCUGCACUCCAUUGCAAAGAACCUCCGCGCCCAGCGCUUCACAGGAGGAGCCCUCAGACUGGAGCAGUUGAAACUGUCCUUCACCCUGGACAAAGAGACCAUGAUGCCUCAAGGCUGCUACGUUUACCAAUACAGGGACAGCAACAAGUUGGUGGAGGAGUUCAUGUUACUGGCUAACAUUGCUACAGCCCACCACAUCCACAAGAGGUUCCCCCAGAUCGCCCUGCUCAGACGCCACCCUCCACCCAAGGCCAAAAUGAUAGAUGAGCUGCAGGAGCAUUGUGACCAGUUGGGAAUCAACAUAGAUCUCUCCUCUGCAGGAGCAUUGAAUAAGAGUCUCAACACAAGUCUUGGAGAUGAUAAGUAUACCAGUGCCAGAAAGGAAGUCCUCACCCACAUGUGCUCCAGGCCCAUGCAGAUGGCGUUGUACUUCUGUACCGGUGUUCUCAAGGAUGAGCAGCUGUUUAAGCACUACGCACUCAACGUUCCUCUCUACACUCACUUCACGUCCCCUAUCAGACGCUACGCUGACAUUGUUGUCCACCGGCUGCUGGCUUCUUCGCUGAAUUGUGGGCCUAGUUUGGGGCUGUCAACAGAAGAAGUCGAAAAACAGGCAUCGCACUGCAAUGACAGGAAGACCGUGUCCAAGCGAGUCCAGGAGCUCAGCUCUGAGCUCUUCUUUGGAGUGUUCGUAAAGGAGUGUGGCCCUCUGGAGUCUGAGGCCAUGGUGAUGGGGGUCCUGGAUCAGUCCUUCGAUGUGCUUGUUCUCCGUUAUAGAGUACAGAAACGCGUCUACUGCAAGUCUGUUGUGGGUCUGGACUCAUUCCACCAUCGUAAAGUGGGGAAGACAUCUGAACUCACUCUGGUCUGGACAGCAGAGGACCGAGAGAAAGCUCCGGUAGAGCAGGUCAUUUCAGUCUUCACGUUGGUGGAGGUGCAGCUCAAAGCUGACGGUGCACCCAUGAAAUACAGUGCUGUGCUCAAGAGGCCCGAGGAGAGCAAGUCAGACUCUGAAAUGCGUUGAGAAGCACUCAAAACACAAGAAUGGACAUUUUGAAUUGCACAUUUUCUUUUGUUUGGUAGAAGCAGCGUUGCUGUGUUAAGCACUACUGAACAGGUCUCGGUCCGAUUUUAAAUUAAUUUUCCAUUGACUUUCGUUCUUAGUGUGAAGGCCCAUCCGGUCUCUCUUUUUUUGUGGUUAAAUAUCUUUUUAUGAGCUGAAAAGGGAACUCUGCGUCCCGAUUUUCUUUGGUUUAUGUUCAUUUCCACAAUACAUGGAAGGACUUGCAACAUGAACCCAUUUGACACAAAAGGCAAGUUGAGUUUCAUUCUGAAGAAAUGAAAACAUAAAUGAGUCUAUAAUUUGAAAAAUGUUGUCAAUGUGACAUUUAGGAUUUGUAGUUUAGUGAACUUAUUGGCACACUACCUAAUGUAACUCAAUGGAUGGAUUUGAAAUCUAAUUGUCACCCGGGUCUAAUAAGAAAAUAACCAAAGCAGCAUUAGUUGUAUUUUACUGUUUGAUUUAUUGAGGUCUGUAUUGUUGUAUUUGACUAUUGUACGCGGUUUAAUGUGCGAAAGCUGCUAUUUCAGUUUAACAUCAAUAUAUUCCACACUUACACCACACUUUUGAAGCUGACUUUAGCUGUCCUGACCUGCUAUGCUGGCUGUAAAAUACCUCCCCGGAUUGACAGAACAGCGAUCGUAACUUUGUUUUGGGGACAAUAUAACAAGUGCCAUAUAAGCCAUCCAGGAUUUUCUCGGUGUCGUAUGUAUUUAUUGUUUUAUACCGGUUGAUCUUUGCGACUCUUCUUUGUUUUUUUUGUUGUUCACAAAAAAAUGUUUCCUGAUUCUUGUGUGUGAUUUGAGGGCCUUUUCAGGUCCUUCGUGUCACAGUCCUGAAUCAUAGGAUUGUUCUUAAACGUAUUGUUCUUGUAUAAACUAAGCCACGUUUUCUGUUCUUAGUUUGCAAGAUGGGCCGAGGUGUAAUCUUUUCUCAUCUAAUUCUUACUGCUUUUAAAAGACAACAGGAAUUGAAUUGCCUUGAAAGUGACUGGUGGCCUCGGGAUAUUGAUGAGCUUGUUUGGAGGCCUUUCCUUUGUUGUUUAUUGUGGAUUUACAAAGAAGUACUUUGUGGACCUCAUUAAUAUCAACUGUGAACUUUUUAGCCUUAAUUUAAGAGAGCUGAAAACUAUUUUGUGAAGCUGUACAUUUUUUAGUAUGUUGUCCCAUUUUGCUUUCAGUCUGUGUGCCUCUUAAGUUAUCGGUGCCAAUUAGUGUCAUAAAGAAGCUGCUACCUCUGCACUAUUUGUUUUAUCUUCAUAUGUCUCAAUGAGUAAAAGGCCUGUCAUUUUUUUUUCCAAUACCAUUGGAUAGCUUUUAACUUUCUUUUGCUUCCAUGGACUUUUACUUUGUCAUGUAAACUUUACAUUCAUUUUAAACCGUGUUUGUAACUGUGCAAAACGUCUGUACUGAUUUAGUGUCUUUCUGUGAUUUCACGUUGACAAAAAAAAAAUGCCGUUAAAUCAUUCAAAUAUAGUACAAUGUCUGUCUUUUGAAAAGUUCUAUUGAGACAUUUAACUUUGAUUCAUGUCUGUAUGGAACGUUCAUCUGUACUUUGUGCUUUCCCAUGUCACAGAGAAAAUAAACGCAUACGUGAAUGAC